AUGGCAGGACGAGGCACAGACCAGUCAAAACUUGACUGCAGUAUAUGUUUAAGCGCGUUUAAGGAUCCCAAAAUACUGCCAUGCUUCCAUACUUUCUGUCUCCAGUGUUUAGACGAGUACGUGAUCAGAAAUGAACAGACUGGAAAAUUCGAAUGCCCUUUAUGUCGUGUUGAUACCGAAAUUCCAGUGGGUGGGGUAAAGUCAUUUCAGUCUAAUUUCUACAUCCGGGAAGGCAAUACUUCGGAGCAGGACAUAGACUGCGACGUUUGCGGGGAAGGAUAUGAAGCGACCCAUUAUUGUACGGACUGCGAGGAAAAUUUCUGUGAGCGGUGCACAACUUCCCACAUGAAAAUGAAAAUGUCACGUGAACAUGCAUUUAUACAGUUGAAGGCAUUGUCUAAGAAGAACCAGAAUUACACCAGGAAGAUACAGAAGAAAUAUUUCUGUCCCCAACACAAGGGAGAAGAAAUAAAAAUGGUAUGUAAAGAAUGUGGCACUAAACUUUGUGUUGUUUGUAAACUGACAGAGCAUGAAAAUCACAACACAUCCAGUAUAGCUAAAGAAGCAGACGACAGACGAGCAGCACUGUUGACCUCAGUUACGAUCGCCAAAGACCAUCUUGAUUCGCUUGAAUCAAAUAAAUGUAUAGCAAGCCAUCUCGCAACUGGCAUGGAAAAAGAACUUGAGAUGAAUAUUGCUUUACUUGAUAAACGGUUGAAAUCAGUUAUCGCAAAAGUAAAACAGGAUGCUGACAUCAUCAAACAGGAGUUGAUCAGAAGUCACACCAAGGCGAAAGACUAUUAUUUGGAGAAGGGAAAAUUAAUACGCGGUAAACUAAUGGAAAAUGAAGCGGUUAUCAAUCACGCACAGAAUGUUGUAGAAUUAGGGGAUGAUAGUCAUGUGUUGGACUCAAAACUGGUCUCAAAACUACAAUCGUUAGCACUACUAGAAGAACGUUUUACGUAUCAUGAACGCUUGAUAUUUGCAGCAAGUAGUUCAGAAGUAACAGUUGAUAUGCUUGGGGAAACGUCCACAAUUAGUUCACGUGUAACUGUUGCAGAGCUUGGUGAGUUAAUAUGCUACCCGGGAACUAUACAAGCGAACGCUUUUUCAAUGAAUGCAGGACGAUUGUAUGCUGCAUUUACUGAUUGGCACUCAUUUUUAUAUCAUGAAACUGAAACAUCAGAGUCUUACUUUACUGACAAGUUGCACGAUUAUGGUACUUUUACAGGUACCUCUGCAGGUUUAACUUUUAUUGACAGUGACUUGUACUCUACAAGUGUAUUAGACAAGACUGUGUAUAAACUAAAAAUACCAGAGCACUUGCAGCAAACGUUUAUGUCGUUUGAUGAUUACCCUCAUGGUAUAGCACACAGGUCUGUCAAAAACAGUGAUAAGGAACAAGAACUCCUUAUCUGUAUUCUGAAGAGUGGCACAAUACCGGGUAUUGAUGCAAGCGAAGGCUGUGUUAUUGCUGUCUCCGUAACCGAUAAGAAACAAUACACGUGGCGCAAUAAAGAGAUGCCAGGUCCAACAUGCAUAGCAACAAAUGAAUUUGAUGGAACCGUUUGUCUUGGAUAUCCAGCUGCCCAUAGAGUGACAUGGAAUUCAUCAGAUGGAACAGUACUGUCAGUGAUACCAGCUUUGAGUAUUGCAAUUAAAAUUUUCGUAAUGCUGUGUAUUGCAAUUAAAAUGUUCGUAAUGACCUUGUUAUAGAUACCAGGUCUGUGU